CAUGAAGAGAAUUACUACGGAAUGGAUCACUCGUUGAUUCAAUUAUUAAAACAACAAAUCAUGGAUGGAAAAGAAUGGAAAAUAUGAUCAAGAAAAUAGGCUUUCACUUUUAAAGAAAAUUGAAAAGACAACACUUGAUUAUUUUCUAUUGAUUUUUAAUAAUCAUCAAGAUCAUGGAAAGGAAUUAAAAGAAUUAGGCUUUGAUGUGGGAAUAUUGAGUAAAUUGGUGGAGAAUGAAAAAUCAAAGAAAUUCCGAAAUGAUUUUGAUGAAAUUAAAAAAGAAUUGAAGGAUCAGAUUAAUAAUGAAGGAGUUGAUAUUGGAGAGGUGAUUGUUCAAUGUGUUUUACAUCAGAAUUUUGAACAUGUGGAGGAGUUUUCUUCUGCUUUCUAUUCAAUUCUUGAACUUUCGAAUGCAAGACAAACAUUGACUAGAGGAAUUAUUUACUCAAUAUUGGUGGGUGAGAAUUCCACUACGAUUCAACAUGGUUUUGAUGAGAUGGAAAGAGUUUUACUACUGAGAGGUUGUAAUAUUUCAUCAUUGUACCGUCCAUUGUUUGUCAAAUUUACAAAAGCAGUGAAAGGAAAUCCAGUUGCAGAUGAAUUAGAAUCCAUUGACGAAUCAAAAAUUAAUCCUAAACUCAAGAAUAAUUAUACCAUUAUUCUGAAAGAUCAAGAUGAUUUUUAUGAUGUGCCAUUUGCAGAAUAUUUUCAAAAAGAGUAUGAACCAAUCAUUAACGAGUUCUAUCAAUUAAUCAAUGAUUUAACACUUCUCAAAGAUCAUAAUUAUCCAUACUUGAAUGAAUAUAUUGCAUAUAUUCAAAAAUAUAUUGAAUGUUUACAAGAAAGAGACAGCUCAAAAUUAGAAGAUGUAUACAGAGAAUUGGAUGAAUUGUGGAUGGAUAUCAAAUAUCACAUUCAAUAUGUACAUGAUAUUGAGUAUGGAUAUUGUGAUUCUUUGAGAUGUAAAGUAACACCUGAUUUCAGUGUUAGAUUGGUUGAUGAGGAAUACCAAGAUGUAAAUAAUUUUAUCAAGGAAAAGAUUACAAAACGAUUAUUGGAUUACUUCUCCAAUAGAAAUACAAAUCUCGGAAAGAAAGGAGUAAGCACUAUAGAAAAGUCAUCCUGUUUUAUUUAUUACUUUCCAUUCUUGUGUGGAAGCAGCUUGAAUUUCAGAUUUUCUGGUCAAUCAAUCCCAAACAGACCAGAAGUCUCUUCCAGUAAAGGUGUAAAAAUAUUUUUUGAUCCAGUGGCAAGUGACAUGUACAAUUCACAAACAAGACAAACAGCUAGAAAGUUAUUUGAACAAUGUGAUGAUAUUGAGAAUAACAUGACAGCAUCAGAGGCCAUUCGAUUCCAUAUUGCAUCACAUGAGCUAGGUCAUGCCUCCUAUAACUUGUCGAGUAUUAAGGAAUCUAUUACAACAUCCACUAAAACUCUAUUGGAAGAACCAAGAGCUCAAUUGACUGCAUGCUUUGCCAUCAAAUUACUCUAUGAUCAUGGUGAUAUCACCAAAGAGGAGAUGGACAGAGGAUUACUAUUUUUUGCUGCUGAGGAUUUGAGUAAUUUUGUAAUGGCUGGAAAAGUUGCAUUCGAACCUUACAUUAUUUCUGGAAUUAAUUGCUAUGGAAUUUACGAAACUGUUGGAUAUAUGUCUAUUGUAAAUGACAGGAUUCAUAUCAAUAAUGAAAAAUCCUAUGAAGCACUCUGUAAACUUGAAGAAUUAUUCGAAACAAUUUUACAAGCCGAAGACGAAAAUGAUGGAAACAAACUUGAAACCAUUUUACAACAAAUGCAAAACAAACCUCCAAUCAUUACCUGGAUGUAUAAGAAACUUAACCUUGACCUUGCCUAAUUCCCUUAAUGACCUCGACCACAUUUUCAUUAUUUACUCUCCCUAUAAUACCCAUCAUUCUGCAUCAACUUCAAAACAAUAGAAAAACUAAUCAUCACUAGUCCAUUAGAGAAUUUCAUCAUUCCAAUUUCAUUUCCUUACUUGCAAUUUUCCAAUCCGCGUUUACUGUAAAUUUUUGGGUUUUUAGCGAAUUUAAAAAAAUAGUCACAAACCUCUCCGCGCAACAGAGAUUUGAUUUUCCCUUAAAUUAAGUAAAUUUUAAGAGAGGGUGGAAAUAUAAAUUGGAGGAUGAUGGUAGGUUAUUGUUAGUGGUAGAGAAUAAUGUUGGUGUUUUUAAAGAAUGGAAAUCAUGAUUAAUAAAUCUAAUAUUCGGG